GACGAGAAUUACCGAGCAGCCUCGACGAGAUCUGUUCGUUGCACUAGUCGCCAUUGAGCAGCCAUUUUGAUGUGUAGGGAGUGCUCAACUACUUAAAAUUUGUGCUCUAAAUAAUUUUUCAGCAGUGAAAAAUUAUCAAAAUUACUAGUUAGUGAUACAUAUGGCUUGUUUAAAUACCUUGAAACAGGAAAUAAGGACAUUAGAAUCGAUAUUUUCUACAAGUCAUGAACGGUUUCAGAUCGUAUCCGCGAGUGUUGACGAAUUGAGUUGUAGAUUUGUAGGAAAAAAUGGUAAAAAAUACGCAAUCCAUGCAAAUAUAACGGAAACCUAUCCCUCUGUACCUCCGGUUUGGUUCGCAGAUUCCGAAGAAACCAGUAUAACAAAUGCUGUGCAAAUUUUAAGUAAUACAGAGGGUUUGGACAAUCAUGUCCUUCACCAAGUGAUAAUACUUCUUAGGGAACUGUGUCGACUGCAUGCAGUGCCAGAACCCCCAGACUUAGAUAGACUGCAAAUACUAGACCCCCAAACUACUAAUCGGAUAAGUAGCAACGGAAUGGAAGCCAUGGAAGACGAAGGUUUGGACAGUGACGCGGACGUCGAUAUAGGCGACAGCGAUGCGGAAGAGGACAGCGACGCGGACGAGGACUUGGCCAUAGAGAUGGAGGACAACAGACCAAAAGCCGACGAGAUGGGCGUAGAACACUUAGCCACAUUAGAACGGUUAAGACAAAACCAAAGGCAGGAUUAUUUAAAGGUACGCGACGGACGUAACGCCACCAUAACACUUCUCUUUCAAUUGUUUCGGUUGCAGGGUUCGGUGUCGGGUUCGGUCCAGGCGACGGAUAGACUUAUGAAAGAACUUAGAGAUAUUUAUAGAUCUGACUCCUUCAAAAACAAAAUGUACCAGAUAGAGCUCGUCAACGAUUCUCUCUAUGAGUGGAACGUACGUCUGAUGAGCGUCGACCCCGACAGCCCACUCAGCCACGACCUGCAGAUGCUGAAGGAGAAGGAGGGGAAGGACGCCAUCUUGCUGAAUAUGCUCUUUAAGGACACUUACCCGUUCGAGCCCCCGUUCGUCAGGGUGGUGCAUCCCAUCAUCUCUGGGGGUUACGUCUUGGUAGGCGGGGCCAUAUGCAUGGAGUUGCUGACCAAGCAGGGUUGGUCCAGCGCCUACACCGUAGAGGCCGUAAUAAUGCAGAUCUCGGCAACCCUAGUGAAGGGGAAGGCCCGCAUACAAUUCGGCGCCCCCAAGGUUUGCUCGCAGGGCCAGUACAGCCUGGCGAGGGCCCAGCAGAGCUUCAAAUCACUUGUACAGAUACACGAGAAGAACGGUUGGUUCACCCCGCCCAAAGAAGAUGGUUAAGUGCGUAGCCGUGCCAAUGUGUUAUGUUUCUCAUUUUCCUUAUUUAAAAUAUAAUAACGCAUCAUUCGAUGUUUGUUUUGUUGGUAUAUAAUCUAAAUUUUCUUAAUUAAAUUUAUAUAUCUUAGUGCCUACACCUUCUUUCUCGGGUUCAUUCCAAAAUUUCAACGAGUUUCGUUUGAAGGGGCUGCGGUACCGCGGUAGCGACGUAAAAAUUUCGUCCGUCAUCGUAGCGAGAUGUGUGGGAUAAUCGACUGUGACUUUCCGUUGUAGGCUUUUCCUUUCCCUCGGUAUUCGCGUCGGGUACCGUUUAGUCUCUGGCCAGUGUCUGUUGAUAAAUGUAAUUUCUCGAAGGUAAUCGCCGUUAAGAGAGUGUUUUCCGUUUUUGUUAGUGACCGUGCAAUUGCUGGUUUAGAGGAGCGAUUUGAGAGAAUCGGAUUAUAUUUUUUUAAUUGUUUUAAGCCGUUUCGGUUAGGCGGAGGCGCGCGUCGGGCGGCGCGGAUGGAGAUCGAUUGAACAUUGCAAGUUAUACGAUUCGUGUUAGGUAAACGUCGUAUGGGGAGCUCGUCCUUUCUCGCCCUCUUAAAAUGCGUGAAAACGACAAGUACGAGUGUACUAAGCGUAUACUUUCGACAUCGCGACUGUCAAAUUUAUAACCUUACAUUCUAUUUAAAGUUACUCCAUAUUUGAAACUGUCAAAUUUAUAACCUUAAAUUCCAUUUGGUACUAUAAAUUCAUUGCUAAUUUGUACAGGGUGUUCAGGAAAUGGUAGGCAAUUUCUCGGGUACGAGUAGCCCCUGCAAUAAUAUCGCAAGUUUCUUUUUUCUUCGCUUUCACCCUGAAGGUCUUGGAGUUGAUGGUUGAGAAUAGAUUUUUUAAUUUUUCUUUAAAUUUCAUCAUUUUUGGGUAAAAUAAGUGUUAUUUGAGUUGUUUCUACUAAUGUAUUCAGUUUUCCGAUAGCUGCUUUAGAGGCUCCUAAAAAAAAGUUUGUCGCAUACUUUUUACAUCUUUGUAGCCGUUUUUAAGCCUUGUUUUAGUACUUUUUUGAGUGGAAAAGGUGUAAUUCACGAUAAAUACGUUUAACGAUACUGACGUCUUAAUAGUGACAAAAACUUGAAAGGGGCAAUGUAAAUGCUCAAUGUCAUAUAAUUUUUUGAUAUUUUGUACUUGAUUUGCUGCGUAAAUGGUAAUUUUUUUGUUGUGUAUUUAUUGUCGAAAAUAGAACAAAAUACUCGUUUAAGUCGAUAAUGGUUUGUCGUUUCGAUGCAGAAUGGGCUACACAUUUCCCACUUCAAAAAGUAUAUAAAUCUUUAAAACUGCGAUAAAAAUUUAAAAAGUGGGCUAUUAGCAACUGAAUACGUUAUGGUCCAGGAAAAUAUGGAAAAUAUGAGCGAAUUUUUUCGCCCUGAGCUUUUUUAUAGAAAAGUUUAGGUUUUGAGGUUAGAAAACGUGGACAAUAUACAAGCGUUUUGAGAUAUAGGCAUAUGUAUAUAGCGGGUUUUCAGAAAGUUUGGAACCCCCCUCUAUCUCAGAAAAUACUGCUCAAACAAAAAAAUGAUUAGGACAAAAGCUGCAGGGUUUUG